GUGAUCUGGAAGUUCUUUCAUUUUAGCGAGCGCAGAAUAUUAGCUUCUUGCUGUUUUUCACCCCGAGUCCAAACAGCGUUUUUCGGUGAAAGAAGCCGGUAAACUCGCUCGCGGACGGAAGGGACGUCAUUCGGCGUGUCGCUGUGCGGUUGUUCGGCAGUAAAACUGGCUUUGAUGCAGAAUCUGCUAAGCUAAUUUAGCAUUAGCUGCCCGUCGGGCUGUCGGCAGAAAAACAGUUGGAACAGAGGACGACUGAAACAACGGGGGUUCAAACAUCUCGCAUCACCAUCUGGUUCUGAGAUGACAUCACAGCAGCCUCGUCUCCCCAGUGCUGUGAUUCCUGCCCAGCUUUCCCAGAACUCCUCUGCUCACCAGGGCAGGCCUCGCAUUCAGGCUAACCAGCUGGACUCCAGUCAAGGUCGUGGAGCUGCUCAGCCUCUGGAACAGAGGGACCUGACUAGUCGGGUGGAGAGUUCCAGUGGAGGGGGGGCCAGCAGGAAUCUCACUGCCGCCACUCGUCCGGCCUCCGGAUUGUCCAGACAAGAUGUCAGCUCAGAGCCUUGGCCAGAAGAGGCAGCGGAUGACUCCCACGGGCUGUACUCUCUCCACCGUAUGUUUGACAUCGUUGGAGCUCAGCUGACGCACCGGGAUGUCCGGGUGCUGUCAUUCCUCUUUGUUGAUGUGAUCGAUGAGUAUGAGCGUGGUGGCAUUAGGAGUGGUAAAGACUUCCUGCUUGCCCUGGAGCGCCAAGGUCGCUGUGAUGAGACGAACUUUCGACAUGUGUUGCAGCUUUUAAGAAUUAUCACGCGCCAUGACCUGUUGCCUUACGUCACCCUCAAGAAACGGCAGGCUGUGUGCCCAGACCCUGUUGACAAGUACCUGGAAGAGACAUCUGUGCGCUACAUUUCCCCAAGAGGAGCACUGCAUGGAGGAAACGCUGCACCUCAAAGGAGGACAGGUCCUCAGCCAGUCAUGUGCUGUUCUCCAUCAGGACCACAAGUUUGUCCACCACGAACUAAGCCAAUGCCUGCUGCUCCACGGAAGAGGAAGAGGAGUCAUUCCUCAGCUGACUGCAGAGAGAAACAAACAUGCGAUAUCCGUCUCCGUGUUCGUGCUGAAUAUUGCCAACACGAGUCGGCGCUUCAAGGCAACGUCUUCUCCAACAAGCAGGAAGCUGUGGAGCGGCAAUUUGAGCGCUUCAACCAGGCCAACACCAUCCUGAAAUCCAGAGACUUGGGCUCCAUCAUAUGUGACAUCAAGUUCUCUGAGCUCACAUAUCUGGAUGCCUUCUGGAGAGACUACAUCAACGGUUCUUUACUUGAGGCCCUUAAAGGGGUCUUCAUCACAGAUUCCCUAAAACAGGCUGUGGGCCACGAGGCGAUAAAACUCCUGGUCAACGUGGAUGAGGAGGACUACCAGGCAGGGCGCCGCAAACUGCUCCUUAAUUUGGUCACAAGUGGCGGUAGCCCAGCAGGAGGCAGCAAAGAGGCUGUGUCUUAGAGGCUCCCAUGCCUCCUGGAUGGAUUGAAGUGACACGUGACCUCUGAGGUGCCACCUGACCUCUGGGUGAUGGCUGGUCCAGGAUCUGUGUGUGGCACUCCUAGCAGAGCAUGCAUGGUGCAAAGAGCAGCAGACGGUGCAUUGUGUUCCACAUGAGCCUGAAUGUUAAGCUGUUACUGUUCUGUAGGAGGAGAGGCCCGAACCUUUGUUUUUAGUAUUCUAGCUCAUUAACGGUUGAUUGGUGGCUCCUGCUCAUCAGUUUGUGUAAAUAUAGGAAGCAUCCUUCGGCAAAGCUGUUACUCCCAGAGGGAGCUGUACCUCCACCUCAUCUGUUGCAGAUUAUUUUAAGGUUGAUUGGAAUGUUUUUGUUUUUAAGACAGCUCCCCGUCAUCUGUAUGUAGCUUCCCCGUCUCUAUAUUUUUGUCACUCCACGUUUGUAGGAUUGUGACAUUUCUGAUGUGUCGUCACUGUCUAAAUGUUUUUAACACGCUCAGUUUUAACGUGCGUUUGAAGCAGCGUGGUUCUUUGGCAGGUGGUUUCCUGUUCGUCUCAGUCUACAUGCCCACUCGCCUCUUCAACCAUCUUACAUGAAGAUUAAGUUCUGCUCAGACUAAAAGUGGGUGUAAGUCGGAGCCGGCAGGCGUAGAGGACGCUCACAGCUCUGCUCACUGCGUGGUUUAAGUCCCCUGUUUGCAGCCUCACCAUCUCUCUGUCAGUUCUUGGUGCCACUUUAUGGCUGCAGCUUUGAUCCGCUGUCAUCCUGAGCAGCACCGACCCGUGUUUGUGCCAUAAUGUGCGUGGAGCCGCUCAGUCAGUCUUCAACAACCUCCUGGAGCUCAGUGUUCACUCGGCUUUCUCACAGUUAACACAGAAGCAUAAUGGUGUUGAAAUUUAGCCGCCAUGUUGCCGAGCGUUUCUGAAAGUGUUCCCAUCCACCAAGUACAGGACCAGUCCCACAUAACCUGCUUCAAA